AAGUCCCGACCAAGCCAACGGUCCAAAAACACUAUUCGAAACCCUUUUUUGUCAUGAAACCUUCAUUCUUUCUUCUGAACUCAAACAUGCCAUCCGGGUCGGCUUCGUUAAUAUGGUUUCGAAAGGGGCUCCGGAUCCACGACAACCCGGCUCUCGAGUAUGCUUCAAGAACCUCCGCCUUUGUGUACCCUUUGUUCGUAAUCGACCCUCACUACAUGGAACCGGACCCAAAAGCUUUCUCUCCCGGGUCGACCCGUGCGGGCAUAAGUCGGAUCCGGUUCUUGCUGGAGAGCCUUGCGGACCUUGACCUAAGUUUGAAGAAACUGGGGUCGAGGUUGUUGGUGUUGAAGGGUGAGCCUAGUGAGGUUUUGAUUCGCUGCUUAAAAGAGUGGGAUGUGAAAAAGAUUUGCUUUGAGUAUGACACUGAUCCAUAUUAUCAAGCUUUGGAUAACAAAAUUAAGAAUUAUGCUUCUUUAGCUGGAAUAGAGGUUUUCUCCCCGGUGAGUCAUACACUCUUCAAUCCUGCUGAUAUCAUAGAGAAGAAUGGGGGAAGGCCACCACUGAGUUAUCAAUCCUUUUUGAAGCUGGCUGGGGAACCCUCAUGGGCAUCAUCCCCACUUUUGGUUGAGCUUUCUUCGGUUCCUCCUGUUGGGGAUGUUGCAAGCUUUGAGAUUUCACAAGUUCCAACACUAAAGGAACUUGGUUAUGUGCAAAAUGAUCAGGAGGAAUUGACUCCCUUUAGAGGUGGUGAAUCAGAAGCAUUAAGGAGGUUGAGGGAAUCAUUAAGUGACAAGGAAUGGGUGGCCAACUUUGAGAAACCUAAGGGUGACCCUUCUGCAUAUAUAAAGCCAGCAACAACUGUUCUAUCACCUUACUUGAAAUUUGGUUGUCUUUCUUCCAGGUACUUUUACCAGUGCCUUAAAGAUGUCUAUAAGAAUGUCAAAAGGCAUACAUCACCACCAGUUUCCCUUGUUGGACAGUUGCUAUGGCGAGAAUUUUUCUACACUGUGGCGUUUGGAACUCCUAAUUUUGAUAAAAUGAAUGGUAACAAAAUAUGCAAGCAGAUUCCAUGGAAUGAUGAUGAUGAACUCCUAGCUGCUUGGAGGGAAGCUAGAACAGGGUACCCUUGGAUUGAUGCCAUCAUGGUCCAGCUACGGGAGUGGGGUUGGAUGCACCAUCUUGCACGGCAUUGUGUUGCAUGUUUUCUAACUCGUGGAGAUCUGUUUCUCCAUUGGGAAAAAGGACGUGAUGUCUUUGAGAGACUUCUGAUUGAUUCAGAUUGGGCAAUUAAUAACGGGAAUUGGCUAUGGCUAUCAUGUUCAUCAUUCUUUUACCAGUACAACCGCAUAUAUUCCCCUACAUCAUUUGGAAAGAAAUAUGAUCCCCAUGGUGAUUAUAUUAGGCAUUUUCUCCCCAUACUGAAAGACAUGCCAAAGGAGUAUAUAUAUGAGCCUUGGACAGCUCCUCUAAGUGUUCAAAACAAAGCAAAGUGCAUAAUUGGAAGAGAUUAUCCAAAACCAGUGGUAUCUCAUGAUUCCGCAAGCAAAGAAUGCAGAAGGAAAAUGGGGGAAGCUUAUGCCCUCAACAAGAAAUUGAAUGGUGUGGUGAGUGAAGACGAUGUAAAAAGCUUGAGAAGGAGAUUGGAUGAAGAUGGAGGGCAGGAAGCCAGAGGUAGAAGGCAAAGACAAAAGCUGAUCAGCUGAGUUAGAGAAGACAUUCUGUUUCAGCCAAGGACCCUGGCACUACUAAGGACAGGACAGGUUGCAUCACAAUUCCCCAUAUCAGAUUAUAGAGAUUGUUAGGACAACUCAGAAUUUAGUUUAUGCAGAGUAUGUAUUAUAUAUAUCUAUCUACAACAACGACAACAACCCUAAUCUAUUAACUGGAAAUAUGGUAUUUCUUUAGAUUUGAAUCUUUCAAUUCCCCAA